GGGAUUGUCCCUGUGGAUUGUGCCUGUGGGUUGUCCGGUGCCUGUCACAGGGUGUCAGCAGGUCACACAGAGAGACCCCAGCAGCGCUGGCCUGGUACGGGUGGCACUGGGUGGUUUGUGCCAGCUGACAAACCCCUGUUUGUCUGCCUGUGAGAUGUGUCCCUGUCACAGGGCCACCGAGGGAAGUGUCACCCUGGGAGUAACUAGCUGGCGCAGGAGCAGAGCGGGGACACAAUGCGUGACGUUCCCGUGGGUCGGGAACAGAGGUGGUGGCCCUGGCAUCACUCCUGUGCUGGCUCAGGGCUGUGACACACGAGCCCGAGUCAGGAGUCUCAUUACCUGGCGUGUUCCUCCGCUGGAUCCCUGCUAAUUCCCUCAGGCAGCUGAUCCAGCAUGGCUGAGGCUCUGCCCGGAGCCAUUCAUGCUGCCCCGAUCCCACUGCGGGUGGGAAGGAGMACAGGGAAAAGCGUUCCUGUUCCAACAUGUCCCAGACAGGCACGUGUGGAGCUGUCUGUGAUCCUGCUCCGGUGGGAAAGGCACAGGCCAGAUGGGUUUGCUGCGUGUCAUUCCCAACUGUGAAACAUCCAGAGGGAUCAAUGGAUCUCAGCUCCUUGGUGCAAGGCCUUGAACUUGGGCUGGGGCAAAGGAGCACCACUUCUGUUAGGGGAGAGCACUGGGGAACUGGGAAUCUUGGCUGACUUGGGAAAYGCCAGAAGAUAGAGGGAGGAAUGUCUUCCUGAAAGGCUGCAGCUGAGGAGUUCUCACAGUGUAGAAGAGCUGAUUUUAAUGUAAAGACAGUUUAAAUAUUUAUUUAUUUACUUAUUUCCCUGAAYCCCAGAGCCAGUGGUUUGCCCGAGGGCAGGGGAGCCAUUGGUGUGGCAGUCAUGCUGCUGCUCUGUGCUUCCUGUUCUCACACCUUGGGAAUGUCUGACAGAAGAUGGACCUGUGUCCCGUGGGAUUAGGAAGUUGUAGUUUAUCUAGCAGGAGAURAUUGUGAGAAGGGAUCUGGUUGCUAAUACGUGGUACAAACCUGAGUCACAAAGGAACUUUCCCUGUGGUAGGGGCUGUUCCCGUGCCCUCUGUCACCUGCCCUUGGAGGUCAGGGCUCAGAAAUCAGAAGUUUCGAGUGUGAAAGUGCCCUGUCCUUACCUCCUGUUGGUGGUGUGGUUCCCGUUAGUGACUGUGGAAUAGGUUUUCCUGGGGGAAAGACAUCUGUGGCCGAGAGAGGGACAUUUGUCCCCUCCCUCAGGGUCUGUCCCGAGCACUGGGAGUCUCCAUGUGGUGAGCAAGGCCUCCAGUCAUCACAUUCCAAUUUCCUGAGCCCGUUCUACAGAACAGCCCUACCUGAGCGCUGCUGUCAGCGGCACGAGGGCCUGUGACCUCCCMGUGAUUCAGGCUCCUCUUCCUGUCCCCCCUCUCUCUGUGCUCUGUCUCUGGUGCCAACCRGAGCCCCGGGAGCUGUUCCAGGUGAGCUGCGGUGCCAGACAGGCAUGAGUGCCCAGGCCUGCCCCCAGCACUGAGCAGCCGGAGCCGCCAGGAUGCCGAUCCCUCCUCCCCCGCCGCCGCCCCCCGGCCCCCCGCCACCCCCCACCCUCAGUCAGGCGAACACGGAGCCGCCGAAACUGAGCCGAGAGGAGCAGCGGGGCCGCGGGGCUCUCCUGCAGGACAUCUGUAAAGGGACCAAGCUCAGGAAAGUGACCCAAAUCAAUGACAGGAGUGCACCCAUCUUGGAGAAGCCCAAGGGCAGCRGCGGCGGCAGCUACGGCUCCGGCUCAGCCGCCAUCCAGCCCAAGGGUGGCCUCUUCCAAGGCGGCGUUCCCAAGCUCAGACCUGUGGGAGCCAAGGACAGCACAGACAGCUCCGCUAAACAAACCCUUCAAGUCCCUGGCUCCCGAGCAGCCGCCCCCAGGCCUCCYGUGCCAGCCAGCAACAGCCGCCCUCAGGACGAUGCCGACAGCAGCCGGGGCUCCCCACCGGAACUGCCGCGCACGCAGCGACCCUCCCUGCCUGACCUGUCCCGGCCCGGCACYGCGGGCAGCACCGGCAUGAAGCACAGCUCGUCAGCCCCGCCGCCCCCGCCGCCAGGACGCCGCGCCGCCGCCCCCCCGGCCCCUCCUCCAGCACACGCCAAGGCCUCACCCUACAACCGGGAGAAGCCGCUGCCGCCCACCCCGGGACAGCGCCUGCCCGGCAGCAGGGACGGACCCCCCGCCCCACCACCCAUCAAACCCCCUCCCUCCCCAGUUAGUCUCCGGUCAGGGGCUCAGGGCCAGUCUCUCGCCCCUCCGCCUCCCCCGUACCGGCAACCCCCCGGUGUCCCCAACGGCCCUUCCAGCCCCAGCAGCGAGGCGGCCCCGGAGCUGCCGCAGAGACACAACUCCUUGCACAGGAAGGCGCCGGGCCCGUUGCGGGGUCUGGCACCGCCGCCGCCCACUGCUGCCUCCCCGUCCCUGCAGAGCAGCCGCCCCCCACCGCCGGCCAGAGACCCCCCGAGCCGUGGAGCAGCCCCACCGCCCCCACCGCCGAUGCUGCGGAACGGAGGGCGCGACGCCCCCCCGCCCCCACCUCCCUACAGACUGCACGGCCCCACCGAGCCCCCCAGCCGGGGGAAGCCCCCACCRCCGCCCACCCGGACCCCGGCCGGGCCACCACCGCCACCGCCGCCCGUGCGGAACGGGCACCGGGACUCCAUCUCCACCGUCAGAGCAUUCCUGGAUGACUUUGAAUCCAAAUACUCCUUUCAUCCUGUCGAAGACUUCCCAGCCCCAGAGGAAUAUAAAUACUUCCAGAGAAUCUACCCCAGCAAAACAAACAGAGCUACGCGUGGGGCCCCCCCUCUGCCCCCCAUCCCCAGGUGAAAGCGGGCUGUGCAGUUGGAUUGUUGCAGAGCAGAGACAUGGACCUCGUUCCCCUUCCUCCGCCGGACCCCCCCAGCWCCCAGCCCCCCGGAUCCUGCAUGACACACUCCCAGCCUCUCCGCUUUUCCCAGGACGAGCGGAUCCCCCCAGCCCAGCGCUCUCUGCCAGCCCCACCUCAUCUAUGCACCCCCCAGGACUCGGUGACCUCGUGGCAAGCCUGGAUGGGUCCAUCCCUCAUUCCUCCUCACGGAUCCCGGGUCGGGAUCCACCUGGGAGCUGGGCACGGGACUCGGGGCAGAGCCGUGUGCCGGCUGUUGGGACCAGCGGGGCUCAUGGAGAGGGGCUGGGGUCGGGCAGGGGAUGGACGUGCUGCAAGACCCCUGGAGCAAGGGGGAGCAGGGACAGGCCGGCAGAGCCUGSUUAUCCCAGGAAAGCCUCAUUAUCCCAGUGGAACCUCGUCAUCCCGGCGGAACCUCGUUAUCCCGGCACAGCCCAUUGCUUUUUUGCACAGGAGCCAGUGGAGGUGGGGGAGGGAAUGUGAGUGGGACCAUCCGAGGGGACCCUGACAGCACUGGGCUGCUGGGGACCCCCUUUCCUCUGACCCCACAUGGGGGGCACCCCCAUGUGCCCCCCUCAAAACCGCUGCUCCCCUGGCGCUCCCCCCCGGGAUUCCCCUGGCUCUCACUGCUGACCCCUCCAAACUUAAACAUUUUAACAAGAAAACACUAAUUACAUGGGGGGGGGGGGCAUUCUAUGGAGUCUGGCGCAUCGGGGGUGUGUGGAGGGGCCCUGGGGCCGUGCCGGGGGUGCCGGUGAUGUUUUGCCUUACACUCCCUGUCCGACGGGUGAUCCCGGCCGGACUCUCCGUGUUCCCGCGGGGGGGGUCACACUAACGUAGUUACUGAUCUCUUUGUACCUGUAAAGGAAGGGGAGGGGUCGCAGGGGGGGGCUGCACCCCCCCAGGCGGUUUGGGGCUCUUUCAGGGGAUUUUUUUCUAUGAUGAUGGACCUUUCCCUGUUGAGGCUGGAGCAAGGUGGGUGAGGGGUAAGUGGGGGGUUUCUCUAGAGGUUGAGCCCCCCCAGCGCUGCCCUUUGGGUUAUAAACGAAGGUUCAACACGGUUCUGCCCCUCCCGGAGCGAGGGGCCCUUUUAAAAGGGAACAAAGGAAUUUGGAGGAGCUGGAAAUUGCAUUUAAAUAAAAGUAAUAAAUAAAGUGAUAAAUGAUGUCAAGGACACUGUCUAAGAGAGGUUU